AUGACCCGACCGCCUCUCAUUCCCGAAACAUUCCCACCAGAAGGUAGCACUGCCAGCUGUCCAGACCUGACCCCUUCCGUUCGAGAUCCCCAGGAAACCACAUGUCCGUCUGCCAGCGGGCCGUUUGAAAUGUCCCCCGCGACCUUUCCGACAAUUCGGACGGUCAACAAGGCAGCUUACCCCGAUACAGCUGGUCUUAAGGCCAAGGUGUCACUGAUGACCCAAAUAGAGAACUCGGACGAAGAGCUCCUCGUUCGCUCAGUACAUCCUUCAUUGAAGGACUGCCCCCAUGUUGCAGUCAUCGAGGGUGCCCCUCUGGAUCGGCCUGUCUGGCUAAUCACUCCUCAGAUCGCAAAAUUCAUUGUCAGCACGCACGCGGCCGGCAGAGAGAUUCACGUCAAGCCGAGCCUUUUGACCAAGCCUGUGGACUACCAAUUUGUGCCAUCCCGCGAUGUUUUUGUUCCAAAUAUCAAUCCUCGGAGCUUUCUUUCGGUAGAAACCAUCGAAUGUAUUCGUCUAGCCUUUCCCGGGUCCGUAGGGGCUCAGGUUCUUAUUAUUGGAUGGAUCUUGAUCUUGUUUCCGGACAAAAAAACACUGCAGAAGUGUUGGGAUCACGGUGCACCUGAUGAGAUAAGCAAUCUACGGGUUGGAUAUAUCCUUAUGAAGUGCUAUAGUACCGCUACCAGCACUACUAUCAUCAAAGCCGGCCAACCUGUGACUGACGCGCCAGGUUCUAUUGACAGUCAGGCGGCACUGGGCUUGAGAUUACGACUUCCAGGUGGAUUGGAAGCAAUCACCACAGUGACGCAUGCAUUUGUGCGGAUAGCGAAUCCUCAGAUGUCGAGUUUCAGAAGGGCUAUUACGGAACAGAUUCUGGUCGCGAAAAAUUAUCUCCAGAAAUUAAGAUCACCACCAAAGGAUGCCCAGUAUGAAGGUAUGGCAUUUACAUAUGAUCACUCAAACUCGCCAAUCGGGAAGGCUGUAUGGCUAAGCGGAACAAAAACACAGAUCGGUGCCAUCACUCUCACCUACGAUCGUUGUUCACGCCACCACUUAAUCCCAUACCCUCACGGUUUUCAACACGAUCUGAGUCUGAUCACCGGGCCCAAUCUUCUCCAGCUCACCAACCCUCGUAAUAUCCCCCGUGUAACUGUUUGGGGGCUGUAUGAAGAUGCCCUUCAGGGCAAACCAGUGUUCGUCCACAGUCUCAACGUUGCGACAAACAGACACAGUAUUCAUAAAGGGUAUGGAGUGACCACACAGGCGCAAAAAUCUAUCAUACACGGCACACACUACACCUGGGAGGAAAAGGCACGAGGAAUAAGCACUGUGCUGCUGUGGCGGACAAUCCGUGACACUGAUGAGGUUAAGAAGGCCUCGGGUAGCAUCUUAUGCCUAGGCGAGACCCACCACGAAACGGCGUCUGCUCUUCUGUUUCAAAACUUCCAGGGCCCCCUCAGAAGAAGUGAAGACAUUCAAAUUCAUUCGGACGAGGACUGGCCUACAUUCAAGGGAGGCUUCCUGUUGCCCAAGGAGAUUAGAAUGUCGACAAUCAUUGCGGCUGAAAACCUUUUUUCGAAUUCUUUCCUUACGCCUCAGAAAAAUUACGAUACGGAGACAACCACUCAGGAGAACUCCAUGACUGUUUAG